AUAUAUAUGCUUGCAUCUUUCUGGGGGAUUUGUUUUAGUUUAUUCUAAUUAUGGAUCGAAGAAACAAAAUGAUUUUGUUUAGGUUUCUCUGGAGAACACGACUUUGUACAGUACCAACCGAGAAACCGAUAUUUCUGGUGGAAUAUUGACUCACAGACAACUCAUACCCCUACAAGUUGUAUGUACUGCCAGCACAUUGCCUCGGCAGCAUUCUCCGAAGCGGGCGCUCCGCUUCCUACAGAAAAGCAGCUCAACCCCACUGUUUUGUACACAGUCAAAGACAGCUAGGUUAGGGAAGUUAGCCCCUCUACAACUACCACAACUCGUCUGCUCUCGAUUUUAGAGUUUGUACACAAAUUACUUCGUUCUCCCCAACAAAAUGGCAGACUCGGAUAAACGAGAGCGGUCAGCGAGUCCUGAGUUUGAGAUCCCUGAUGACAAUGGAAGACCGCUAAUCCAUAAGAGCGGCGUGGCCUACAAAUUUCGCCCCGGACAAUUGGUGUAUUUGCGGGUUCCCGGUUCAAGACAAACUGAAGGUCCUUAUAAGAUCGAAUCCGCUAGAGGUGCCGGAAAGUAUACGAUAUGCCACGCAAAUGGCCAAACAGCCCGGGGAGGCGCGGUAGUCGACGAAACCGACUUGACAACAGCUUAGCCACCGUGCGCGGGGGGCAUCACAGGGUAUGGUCACGUUCCGCACAAAGUUUAUAGUCGGUGAUUUCGACUAUAACAUUAUACUUAGAUAGUCUUUUCACCAUGGUUUAACUUCGGAAAUGAAAUUUUGAGUUAAUACAUUUUGCAACCGGAACAAGGCUGCCUAGUUCAAAGUUUGCUCAUUGGUUUCCCAGGCUGGCCGCCGACCUAGAUUAUCAGCUGAACUGCACAGAGUUCCUUGCCUGACUCUUGCCCGGUACGUAAGCGAAUUGUGCAAGAUUUCUUAUGAGAACUCGAGUCAACCGUACGGAGUAGUACGGAGUAGGAAAGCAUUGAAAGAUGAGUG